CAUGGUUUGAAAGUACAAGAAACUACAAUCUUGCUGAAACUAAACAGGUCUGGAGCUGGUUGGUAACUGAAAGCAAACGACCAUUGAUAAAGCAUCAGGGAGACUUGCAUGGAUUUACAUUCUCCUUGGAUUCAGGACUUUCUACUGCCUGCACAUGAUUCUCCAGGAACAAUGGCCGGUUCAGGAGGAAACUGUGAAGGGAUGGUGAGUGGGAGAAAGCACAGCUCAGAUCAUACCACCAAACCCUGUGCUGUGAGACUCCAAGAGCAAACAAAGAGGGAGAGCACAGGGAGCAGAGAACUUGCCAUGCACUUAGAAGACAGUGGUAACAGCAAUGAAGAUAUAGAGCCCUGUGAAGAUCCACCGACUAUCUCAGCGAUGGAGCUCUCUGUUCUGGAAAGGCUAGGCCUGCACAGGGUGGCUUUGACAGAGCAGGACGUGGAGGCAGCCUUUGCCCAUCUGGCUCUGGCCUUCCGCUGUGACAUGUUCACACUGAGGCAGCGAGUACAGAUAGAGGAACGGGCCAGAGAUGCAGCCGAAGAGAACAUUCAACAGGAGCUGGCAGAAUGCCGGACGAUGCUGCAGAAGUUGGGUGAGGUCUGCCUGGACUCCAGGUGCAUGGAACUGGUGGAACAGUUGAAGAUUUGUGUAACUGUCCUAGCAAGAGUGAUUGAGCGGGCAACAGUUACAGCAGAGAAGCUAGGAGCAGUCCAUCAGGAGGCACGCUUGAGCCGGGCCACAGAGGUGAUGGUGCAGCAUGUGGAGAACCUGAAAAGGCACCACCAGAGGGAGCACACAGAGCUGGAGGAAAUGAAAAGGCUGAUCCAACAGAACUCCCGGAACCGGCAGCUGGCAGAAAACAGGGAUGAUGGUGACCACAGAUUGAAACAUCCUCCAAUAAGAACAUUCCAGCAGGGAUCAGUUCGUCGACGAAUCAGCAUUGCAGUUGUUCCCAAACAGUUGACGCAGUUUCACAGUCCUGCGAGGGGGAGAAGCUCUGAGGGGGAAGCAAUUCAGCCAACAGCAGGAGAGCAGGAAAGCCCAGAAAGACAAUUGCCCUGCCUCCAGGAAGACUCUACUGAUAGUUACUUUAUCCUGCACACAGGAUCUUCCAGUUCUUCACACCAGAGUCUACAUGGACCAAACAACAUUGAGUUUGGCAUGGACAGAAGCCACUGCACAGAGGGGAAAGAAUCAGAAUUUCGGAAGAGAAGUACCAUUGGCAAGACUGAUGAAGAAGAGCCCAGUGAGGAAUCAGACAGUGAGGGGCUUGAUGAAGAAAAUGAGGAAUUGGAGCAGAAUGCUCUUGUGUCCAAAGGAUCUAAAAUGGAGCUUUGCAGAGCCUGGUUCUCUAUGCCCACAUACUACUGGGUUUUGUUGUGGCUGUUUUUUCUGGGGAUUGCUUGCCUUGUUCUGAUCCGGAUCAUGGAGAUGCAGAAGCAAUAUCCAUUUCCAUCCUCUAACACUUAGGCACAGAUGGGACAGCAUAACUGUGUUGAAACUUUGCACAGUAACAGAUGGUUUAAUGAUGAGAAAUUAAAAUAGGGAAAAGGCGGCAUUGUUGUGUGACCAGCGCUUUCCUUGGAUAUGAUGGUCACAGACUGAGUGUGAAAGGCGCUGGAGAACCCUGAAAAUGGCCAGGGACAUUACUUGAAUCCAUGAUGACUUUAGCUGUUAGUCCUCCAUUCUUAGCUUCAGCAGAAGUCCAGCAAGUCCUACUCUGAGCCUUACUAAGAUACAGCUUAAAAUUCUGCACAGAGAUGUAAUCAAGAUAUUUAUCUAGUCUUUUGGGUGUUAAUAUCCUCCUGUCCUUGUAAAAUGGUGGGAAAAUGGGCAUGUGGUAGUGAACGACUUGUCUACAUUGCAAAUUUACUGUAGUGCUGUCUUAGCUUGUAGGAUUUGUUUUCUUUUAACUGCUA